CAUGGGUUGGCUCCUUGGCCAUGGGCAUGAUUUUUUUCUGCUCUCCCAUCGUCAGCAUCUUCACCGACCGGAUCGGCUGCAGGACCACAGCAGCCUCGGGAGCUGCCAUCGCCUUCGUCGGACUCCUCUCCAGCUCCUUCACCAAGUCUCUGGAAGUUCGUUAUUUCACAUAUGGGAUCCUCUUUGGCUGCGGCAGCUCCUUCGCCUUCCAGCCCUCACUGGUCAUCCUUGGUCACUACUUCAAGCGCCGUCUUGGCUUGGCCAACGGCGUUGUGGCUGGCGGCAGCUGCCUCAUCUCUGUGCCGCUCCCGUUCUUCCUGAAGGUGGUCGGGAAGGCCAUUGGGCUGGCACAUACUUUCCAAGUACUCAGUGCCUUAAUGCUCAUCCAGAUAUUCUUGUCCCUGACCUAUCGGCCCAUCUUGCCGCCUUCUUGUGACUCUCAGCACGAUGGGCAGGACAAGCUGGGUAGCCGGAGCAUGCGGCAGCAGUGCUGGUCCCAGACGCGCAAGUAUUUCAAUUUGAGGGUUUUCCGGAGAAAGACUUAUCGGAUUUGGGCCUUUGGGAUCGCUACUGCUGUCCUGGGAUAUCUCGUACCUUACAUGCACCUGGUAAAAUAUGUGGAGAAGCGAUUUCAAGAAACAAAAAAGGACUGGAUCCUCCCGGUUUGCCUCGGAGCCAUGUCAGGGCUGGGGCGCUUGGUUUCAGGCCGCAUUGGCGACUGCAUUCCUGGGCUGAAGAAGAUUUACCUGCAGGUUGUGUCCUUUGUGCUGUUGGGCAUCCUGUGCAUGAUGAUCCCCCAGUGCCAAGGGUUCGAGGGCGUCAUUGUCAUCUGCCUCUUCCUCGGCCUUUGCGAUGGCUUCUUCACCACCAUCAUGGCCCCCAUCGCCUUCGAGCUGGUGGGGCCCAUGCAGGCGUCCCAAGCCAUAGGGUACCUCAUGGGGCUGAUGGCUGUGCCCAUGACGGCGGGUACGCCGAUAGCAGGAUACCUCAAUGAUUAUUUUGGGAAUUAUGACGCGGCCUUUUAUUUCGCCGGAGUCCCCCCCAUCAUUGGCGGCUUGGUGCUCUCCGUCGUCCCGUUGGUCCAUCAGAGGAUGCUGAAGAAGCAGCGGCUGGAUUCCGGCAAAGACAAGAUGCUGGUCUCGGAGGCGGUGGUGAACGGGGAGCUGCUGCCGGGCUGUCCUGCCUCCGAAGCACACAUGUAACGCCUCCGCUCACC